UCUACUUACAUCUGACAAUUAUACAUUACGGGGUAGAAUUCUAUUUUGGCGCUUGGUCAUAAAUGCAGCGGUUAAUCCUCAACGAGGCCCACAGACAAAACAAAAAAGUGAUUUUUUAACACGACAGACGAAAUUUUGUCAUGCUUGAUAUGCUAUGGUAUGUGUGGUUAACAUUUUCCUUUUGCAUUUGGCACUUGAUUAAGGUUUCACUCACAUAACUUUAAACUCUCACAUUCUUACCACCCCUUUUUUAUUGUUUUUUCAUAACGAGGGAUAGCCGGCGACAUCUACCACAAGUGAUCAAAUCCAGAAAGGUUAUUAAUUCAUUGUCCACCUUCAGUCUUUUCCGCGCUCGUGGGCGAUGUAUUGUUUACACAAUGCGAGUUGGUAUAUGUAGGGAGUCCCAUCUGCUUGACAAGUUAUUGAAUCCGGCUUCAGAUAACAGUCAACCCGGCUUGACAUCACAAUCUAAACAAUGAAGCUGCUACCGGUUGUGGUUGUUGCGCUAAUGGUAGUUGUCAUGGAGAAGUGGCUGUCAGUGCAAGCAUCCAGCGAGGAAGUUGAAAAGGAGCUGAAACAACUGGAAGAGCAGCUUAGCUUGGGGAGCGAUACAAGUCCUAAGGAAACUGAAAUUGCUUCCGAUGAAACAAAAAGAGGUUUACGAGCACCCUGCGGUUUCUCGCCUGCCUGCACGAGGCGUAGACGGCGGUCCAGCAGGAGGUCCUUCUGGGGAAAGAAGCGGAGCGAAGUCGAGUCAAAAGCACAAUUCAGUGAUGUUGGCACAGACGACUUAGUACAUGUCCUUGAAGACAUCGAGAAAAUCCGCCACGAACUGUACGAUAUUGAGGCCCACGAGAACACUCACGUGACUCGAGAUGAGAAGCAUGUCGGGAAAACAAGAGACGAGAGAGACGCAAAUCAAGGCUCUGAUAGGGCCUAGAACAUUCCAAGCCUUGGGUUUUAAGGGUCAUUAUUCUUCACUAAGAAAGGAAACGGAGGAGGAGAGAGCAGAGAGCAGAGAGCGGAGAUACAGUGGAACACCGAUAACUCGAACUUCCCGCUAACUAGAACUGACUUCAAUUUUACUAGAGACUAAUUCUAGGUUCUAUUUCCUCGGUAACUCGAACACUCCGCUUAUUGUAACUAAGAUAACUCGAACUGUCUUUUUUUCUUGAGGGAUCGAGUUAACGGGGUUCCACUGUAUACGCGCGUGUUAAAAUCGAAUUAAGAGAAAGAAGAAGGGAAAAGAGGUAUGAAAGUAGCUAACUGUACAUACACCAUGAAGUACUUAAUAAGCAUUUAAAUACAAGAAACAUUUCACCGUUCUGACGAGCCCCUGAAAAACUUAUGGAUCUUACAUAGGGAGCUGUCCAUCUAUUUCUUCACCUUUCAUUCUCUUUUUGCGCUGAUUUUCAUACGCCCGAUGCAUCAUUGAUUCUGAUAAAAGUGCAAAGAAUACAGUUUUAUGUUUGCGUGACUGAGCCAUGCAGAAUAUCGAUUUCGUCUUUGCUUUUUAGUAUUUUAUAUAGACGACGCUCAAUGUCACAGGCAGAAAAAAGGCGGAUAGAAUAAAAACAUCUCCUAAGCCUGAGUGGCGGGCAGAACCUCGCCGGCCAGUGCCGCUCACCACUGAGUUACGGGUUGAUUUGCGGUUCCAACGUGCGUUGAGUGGUGGUUCUUCCUUGAGUCCAUGAGUUUUCCUCCCUCCACAAAAAAAAAAGGUUAUAAGGAGACAAUGUAUUCAUUAUCUCAUUUAGAUUGUGUUAUUCCACAAAAACAAAUCAUACCCAAACCUACACCCGGGGUGGGUGGGAGGUGGGGGGCAUGAGAUCCAUGCCUCACACUGCACCCAUACGGUGGAGGGGGGAGCGGUCUUUCAACACUGUAUUAUAUCCUUAAUUCCAGGGGUGGGGGAAUCUGAAUUUUAUUUUUCACAAGAAGGGGGGUUUGGGUAUUUUUUUUCUUUAAUCACAGUUGAAAUACAGUUUAUCAAAGCUUUAUAUUGCAACUCUUAUCAUAACGACGGGAAACCCUCUCAUUGUUUUUAUUAUUCUUGUUCACUCCUGGUGUUCUUUCCCACAGACAAUAAGGAUUAACAAUGAUUAUAGCUCAACCAUUUCUUUGUUAUUGUUUACAUCUGAGAAAAUCUGAAUACAAAUGAGUGCUUUGCAUUUUUUUUCAUUCAUAUCAUCUAUUACCAAUAUUUUAUCGGUUACACAUAUUAUACAAGUACAAGUAUUAUUGGCAGAUUUCACUUUGUUAAUAUGUAUCGCACCAUAAAGUUUCCCAUGGCAUUCAGUUUUUUUGUGUUUCACAAUAUGUGAAGGGAAAUGAGUCUAGAGAAAAUUUUAAUUUAAAAAAUCUAAAUGACAAAAAAAAACUAAAUGACAAAAAUUGCAUUUUGGGUAUCAAAUGAGUGGUUUGAUCAGCAAAGAAUAUCUUUACUUGAAUAAAAAAACACACCAAUGGACACAUUUUAUGCUCAAUCAGCGAAUUAAAUAUUGAUAAUUUUUCCAGUUGAAAA